GUCAGUGAAAUGAUGGCUAGCCUCCAAGAGUACUUCGACGUGGUGCUGGGCGACCAGCUCCUCUACGAUUUUGAAAAACCCCAGCACUCAGAGAUCCUGGCCAGCUACCCCACCAGGCUGAUGUCCCAGAUCUACGGAGGUGCCCACCUGCUGCGCCUCUUUCCGCAGAUGGGCCCCAUGCUGGCCUGCACUCCCCUCAACAACAGCAGCCUCGAUGUUCUGCAGAACCACUUGCAAAAUUUCCUGCAAUAUUUGGCCUUGGAUCCUUCCCGGCUGUUUUCUGCUUCCACUGACUACCAGGAGGCUUCUGCUGACUACCAACAAAAAGCUGGGGGUCCUGACAGCCAGCAGCCCCUCCUGGGCCGAAGCGUUUGAACUUGUUUUUGCUGGUGCCAGCUAUCAAGAGAGUUAGAGGUGAAACAGAAUAUCAACUACAUGAAGCUUAC